ACCUUACAAGCUUAGGAGGAAUAUGAUCAAAUUUAGUAGACAUAGCGCAGCUUAUUUUGUUUGUCUUGCGUAACUGCAUUCAUGUGGUUUUUAAAGAGCUGUGACUAUUUAAAAGAGGUCAAGAGAAAAGGCACAAAGGCAGUUUGUGGAACCGCACCUGUGAAUUUGGUGAUUCUUUUCAGCAUCUGCUAGCAAAGGAGCAGAGAUGAUUCUUCAAUACUUGUCAUUCUCAUUGCUGCUCUUUUGUUUCUCUCCACUAGUGUUGGCAAAUGGUAACUCCACAGACACUUUCUGUGACCGGCGCUGUAUGGCAAAUGUUAUGGUCAAAAAAGAGCUGUUCAGUGGACCACUGAACGAUAACUGUACCAUCUUAGUAAACAUCACUUCCAUACAAUAUGAAACUAUGUCUUUUAACACAAAGGAGAUGCAAAUGACCAGUCGUAUCAAGGUAAACCUGGAAUGGAAGGAUCCUGAUCUCGGAUGGAUGCAGGAGAAAGCUAGAUAUCCAACAAUUAUUUUGCCUGUUGAUAAAAUCUGGACUCCACGGCUAGUUUUGGACAAUGCAAUAGACACAACAGUGGAGCCCUACACGCAUGAUGUUCAGGUGAGCAGGGAUGGCGUCGUGGACCAUGCACUUAUAUUGUUCACGACGGUGAGCUGUGAAAUCAACCUGUUCACCUAUCCUUUUGUAUCAGGAUCCUGUCCUGUGGCCAUCAAUGGAUGGACAGAGAAAGGUUGUUCACUCAAACUUGACAUUUCUGAUGAUGUGACUUUGGUUGGCGGUGAUCGAGGAGAGUGGAAGACUACAGGUGUGAAAAAAAUAGUGGAUCCAUCGCACCGCGUUUAUCUUGAAGUCUUUCUCUCUAUCAACCCAUUCGGUGCAUUUGUGACCCUGAUCCUGCCUAGUGUGCUAAUAAUGCUGACAGACCUGGGAAGCUUCUCUGUGCCAUUUGAAGGAGGAGAACGCAACACUUUUAAGGUCACCUUGGUCCUGAGCUUCACCAUGUUCCUCCUCAUCCUCAACGAUCACCUGCCGAAUGGUGGCAACUGUAGUCCUGUCCUCUAUUAUCACUUCACCUUCUGUCUGACGUGUCUGGUGUUGAGUAUACUCAUAUCAAUGGUGCUUACACGUCUAUCUGUGGACGACAGCAUUCUGAUCUGUAGACGAUCCGCCAAGGUUCAUCCAUCAGACCAGAACACCAAAACGCAAUCCAACAAUUUGGAUCAGGAGAAAGAUACUGGUGUGACAACACCGAAGACUGGUGAUGUGGCUUCAGAGAUCGCAACCCUCCAGGAAACCGUCAACAUCUUGGGGAGGAUUGAUGAAAGAGCAGAUCAUGUGGAGAAAAAACUGGCAUUUGCCAACCGCGUAGACAAAUUCGUCUUUGGUUUUUUUAUAAGCAUUUACAUUCUUUAUGCGAUAACUGUAAUCGCUAUAACCCAAACUGAUAUUUGCAAGGUCAAUAAUCUGGACUUCUGGGAUAUGUCUAGCAAUGCAGAUAACAGCUUUGACUACUCCUACACAAAUGCCUAGUCCUCUUCAACUGAUUGAUUGUGUGUGUUUCUGGUGGUGAAUAUAAUCUGAUGAUAUAUCUCAAAAUGAUAUGAAUCUUGCAAAUAGAAUUACUGAGUUAUUCUCAUUUUUAAAGAAAAUAUAUAAACCCCAACUACCAUAAUGUUUAUUUCUCACUGCUCUGCGUAUAUUCUGCAUGCGUUUGUAAUUUUAAUAAUAUCAACCAGCCCCAUUUUCAUAAUUACGCAACCAUAGUUUAUAACCAUAGUUUUGUUUAAUAAAUAUUGCUAAAAAAAUUUAUGUCACAGGUUACUAUAAGCGAUGCUGUUUGUGGAGUUGUUUAAUGAUCCCACUGCUGAGAUUUUGAGGGAUUGAAUGUGUUUUAUUUCGGUUGAUUUAAUCUAGGGAUUUGACUGUAGUAGUUUUGCAUUUCUCUUCAGUGAUUAUUGUUUAUAGCAAAGAAAAAUAAACUUAAUGAAAAGUCAA